CGGAGUUUCUCACCGGGACCGAGUCACCGGGACCGAGUCACCGGGACCGACUCACCGGGAGUUUACCGGAGCAGACCGGCGGGUUCGAGGAGUUUGAGCGGGAACCAAACUGACUCGGGACCGGGAGGAGACGGGAUUCCGCUCCGGUGUCUGCGGCAGGAUGACCAGUACCCCCUAAACGUCCCCUCCUCAGCAUGACAUCAUCAGGCCCCUCCCCUUCCUCCUCCCUCCCCCUCCCGCACGGUCCCCAUCUUCCUCCUCUCGCCUUGUUCUGGAUUGGCCGGACGCCCUGUCGGUCCCCCCUGUGGCCCCGCCUCCUGCUGUCUCUCUGGCUCUGGAUUGGCGGAGCCCUGGUCCAGGUGAGCGCCUCCCACCAGAACUUCCACCCCCACUCCAUAAAGCUGGGCGGUGACAUCACGCUGGGGGGGCUGUUCCCCAUCCACUCCCGCGGCCCCCACGGCCUCCCCUGCGGCGAGCUGAAGAAGGAGAAGGGCGUCCACCGCAUGGAGGCCAUGCUGUACGCCCUGGACCAGAUCAACAGCGACCCGGAUCUGUUGCCCAACAUCACGCUGGGCGCCCGCAUCCUGGACACCUGCUCCCGGGACACGUACGCCCUGGAGCAGUCGCUCACCUUCGUCCAGGCGCUGAUCCAGAAGGACACGUCCGACAUCCGCUGCGCCAACGGGGAGCCGCCCAUCAUCCGCAAACCGGAGCGGGUGGUCGGCGUGAUCGGGGCGUCGGCCAGCUCCGUGUCCAUCAUGGUGGCCAACAUCCUCCGACUGUUUGAGAUCCCUCAGGUGAGCUACGCCUCGACGGCUCCAGAGCUCAGCGAUAACAACCGGUACGACUUCUUCUCCCGGGUGGUCCCUCCGGACUCGUACCAGGCCCAGGCCAUGCUGGACAUCGUCAGAGCGCUGGGCUGGAACUACGUCUCCACGCUCGCCUCUGAGGGGAACUACGGAGAGAGCGGGGUCGAGGCCUUCAUGCAGAUCUCCAGGGAGGCCGGGGGGGUGUGUAUUGCCCAAUCAGUGAAGAUCCCCCGCGAGCCAACAGCCGGAGAGUUUGACAAAAUCAUCAAACGUCUCAUGGAGACGAGCAACGCCAGAGGAGUCAUCAUCUUCGCCAACGAGGACGACAUCAAGCGUGUCCUCGAGGCGGCGAAGCGUGCUAACCUGACGGGUCACUUCCUGUUCGUCGGGUCGGACAGCUGGGGGGCCAAGAGCUCCGCCAUCACACAGCUGGAGGACGUCGCCGAGGGAGCCGUAACCAUCCUGCCCAAACGGGUUUCAAUAGAGGGCUUCGAUCAGUACUUCAUGUCUCGUUCUCUGGAGAACAAUCGUAGGAACAUCUGGUUUAACGAGUUCUGGGAGGACGACUUCAGGUGUAAACUGACCCGUCCUGGAAUCAAAAUGGACCCUGACAAGAAGAAAUGUACAGGCGAGGAGAGGAUUGGCCGGGACUCGUCCUACGAGCAGGAGGGGAAGGUUCAGUUUGUGAUUGACGCGGUUUACGCCGUUGCUUACGCUCUACACAACAUGCACCUGGACCUGUGUCCCGGCAGCUCGGGGGUCUGCAGCAACAUGGACCCGGUAGAGGGGCGCCUGCUGCUGGACUACAUCAGAGCCGUCAAAUUCAACGGUAAGCUUUUUUGUCGCCUCUUCGUAGCCUUUAAAGUUUUGCUAAAGCAUUGCUACACAUUUUCUGACUAUGAAUCAGAGCAGAGAGAUCCCUUUUUUGUCCCCUUUUUGUCCACAUGCUACAUGGGACUACUGAAAGCUGGACAUGGUGGCUCCAUCUCAGAGAAGGAAGAAGAGGAGGAGAAUCACUGCUCCUCCAUGGAGAAAGGAAACCGGGACCGGGAACCGCGACCGGGAACCGCGACCGGGAACCGGGAAGCGGAUACAGAAGCAGGCCGCCGUGUGACCUGUGCCUCUCACCUGGACGGAGAUGAGGAUGAAGGUGAUGAUGAGCUGCGACGUGGGGCUGAUGAACUUGGGCGGCGUCACCGACCUCUUGCCCUGCUCGAAGAUGCGGUAGAUGCGGUUGGUCUUGGUCAACAUGGCGGAGUAGGUGAUGGCCAUGCCGAGGCCGAGCAGCAGGCGGCGGAACGCGCACGCCACCGCACCGGGCUCCGCGAUCAUCAGGAAGGUGAUCAGGUCCUCGGUGUGUUUGUGUGGUUCGCCGUCGUCCCUCCUCACACCAUCAUCGACUACGAGGAGCUCCGCCCCCCGAACCCCGACCUGGCUCGAGGCAUCCUGAAAUGUGACAUGUCUGACCUGUCAAUCAUCUGCUGCCUCAGCUACAGUAUCGUCCUCAUGGUAACGUGUACGGUGUACGCGGUGAAGAGCCGUGGCGUUCCAGAGACGUUCAACGAAGCGAAGCCGAUCGGCUUCACCAUGUACACCACCUGCAUCAUCUGGCUCGCCUUCGUGCCGAUCUUCUUCGGCACCGCCCAGUCCACGGAGAAGGUCAGCGUUCGUUCUAUGUUCUUACCGAGCGCUGAAAUAAAGAAACCAGACGUCGGGGGUGCACAUCCGAAACUGUACGUCAUGUUGCCUGUUCUGAUGGAUGUUGCGUUGCGUAUUCUGAUGGAUGUUGUGUUGCCUGUUCUGAUGGAUGUUGCGUUGCCUGUUCUGAUGGAUGUUGUGUUGCCUGUUCUGAUGGAUGCUGUGUUGCCUGUUCUGAUGGAUGUUGCGUUGCCUGUUGUGUUGCAGUCUGUUGCCAAAGCUGCCAGAGUGUCUCAAAAAUCGAAUGACAAACAGAACGGAGAGUCGAGGAUUGAACCUGACAGAUCGCAGUAAUACUGCAGUAACGCUACAAAU